CCAAGAUUCAUUUAUACGUACAAAUACAGUGCACUCCUACUUAGAUUCACAUCCAUUUUCUGUCUCUCUUGCCGGAGGCUUCAUUAUUUUUGUUGUUUUCCGCAGGCUUUGUCGACUCCUUUUGGAUUUGGGAGAGAUACAAUUAAAGGUUUUAAUGUGAAGAAGGCGGUCUGUUCAAUAUAUAUUUUGAUUCUGUGACAUAUUUUGUCGGAUUUAUCUGUAGCUAGUUUUACAACGAUAUGAAGUUGUUCUAAUAUCCAUACCAUCCUCAGCCGCCAGGGGGAUCAUCUUCUCGUGCUUCAUCCAAGUUGUGCGGAGGCAUCAAUUUUUUAAUAAUGGCAUCCGGCAAUGUGAAGCCGAGUAGAAUGAAAAUGGAACUGAAGAAAUCUCACUUGUCUUGGUGGGAUAGUCAUAUUAGCUCCAAAAGCUCAAAGUGGCUUCAAGAAAAUCUCGAAGAUAUGGAUCAGAAUGUAAAGAAAAUGGUAAAACUCAUAGAAGAGGAUGCGGAUUCCUUCGCCAAAAAGGCUGAGUUGUACUUUAAGAAAAGGCCCGAGUUGCUCAGUCUUGUGGAGGAGUUCCAUCGGAUGUAUCGAGCAUUGGCCGAGCGGUACGGUCAUGUUACCGGAGAGCUUAGGAAAAACAUUCCGUCAGAUCUCCAAUCUCAGGGCUCCGGAAUAUCCGAUGCUGGUUCCGAACCUCCUUGGACGACCCCAUCGAGCCGUAGCAAGUCAGGGCCUCGUGCAGCUGGGUUCGAGUUUUUUCUCGGAAGCGGAGGAAGCGGGUCUGAUUUAAAUAGUAAAGAAGGGGACGAUACAUCGACCACAUUGGACUCGGAUUCGGAAUCAGACGACUCGUCUGUGAACAAUUACUCGAGCACACGGAGCAACGGUGGCGACGAGAAUGGGUUGCGCGGUCGGGUCAUUGAGCUCGAAGGAGAGCUUCGGGACGUGAAAGAGAAAUUCCGAAGGCAACAAAAUGAGAUCUCCGAAGGACUUAAAAAAUCGAGCAGCGAAAACACCGAAGUUGAUUCCAAGAUUGCGGCGUACGAGUCGGAGCUGUGCACUGCGAGAGAAAAGAUCCAACGAUCCGAAGAAGAGAUCGUGCAGUUGACGAUAGAGCUCCAAAAGUAUAAAUCUGUGGGAGAUUCCAUUAAUAUCUCUUCCGAAGGCGCCGUUGAGGAGAAUCAUUCCAACAGUUUUGGAUUAGAGCCGGAUCAGAUCGCCGAUCUUAAAAAAGAAGUCAUGAAUUUACGGCAGGAGCUUACGAGUAAGGCUAACUUGGUGCAUAAUCUUCAAGAACAGCUCAAGUCUGCGCAAAAGGAGGUUUCUGUGUGGAAAAACAAAAUCGAUCGAGAGAAACGGGAUGCGGCGAAGCUGCAAGAUCGUAUUGCUCGGUACAAAUCCAAUCUGGCAGACCGAGACCAAGAAAUCCGGGGGCUGAGAGAAGCGAUGUCGAAUGCAAACAAGAGUUUAUCCGAAGAAAACGGGCGACUUCAGGCUGAAAUGACGAGAAUGGCGAAGGAGAGAGCGUAUUUGGAGGAUCAUAUAAAAGAAUUGGAUCUUCGAUCCCAAUCGUUGGAAGAAGAAGCUCGCCGAACCCGAGCUGCGAAGGAUGAGAUGGAGGCUGCGCUCGGAGGGAGAAUCGAGCGGUUGAUGGCCGACGUAUUCGAGCGCGACGAAAUGAUCGACGAGUUAAAUCAAAGGGUUGAAGAACUGAUUGCUGUCAAAGACGGUCUAGAGAGUAAGAUCGCCGUGCUCGGCGCGGAGAUGAAUUCGAAAGACGAGCGAAUUGCGGAGAUGAGCGAUGAAGUCGAGGGGGCGCGUAAAUCGGGAGACGAGCUGAGGUCGAGAGUCGGAGAACUCGAGACGGAGGUGGAGAGGAAACAAGAAUUAAUUCUCGAAGCGGCUGAGGGGAAACGGGAAGCGAUCAGACAACUGUCGUUCUGCGCGGAGUAUUACCGCGGCGAGUAUCAUCAGCUUCGACUAGCCCUCUUUGCGCAUAAACCACCGAUGGCAGCAACGGCGAGGUAAGAAGAUGUGUGCUUGUGUGAUUUGGACAUUGUAGUACGGCUUCUUCUUGUUGUUGUUGUUGAUGUUGUACUUACUGAUUAAUAAUGUGUGUGGUGUUUUUUUGUAUGUUUGUAUACUUUUGAUGAUGUUCAAAUAUGGACCAGACAAGACCAGACCACAUUUGUAAAAUUUGAACGAGUUACUAAUAAACAGGGUUGUCUUUCGUUUCAA